AUGGCUCUGUCAGGUUUCAACACACCAAUAUCCAGGUCUGAGACUCCUCUCCUUAGCGAAGUCCGUUUUAGGAGGCAAACAUGCAAGAUCACCGUCUCGGGCAUCCUUUCGGAUAUGGACGGCACUCUGAUAGACUCCACCAAUGCGAUUGUUAAGCAUUGGGAAAGAAUUGGUCAAACGUACGGUAUUGAUCCCAAAGUUAUACUCGCGACAUCACAUGGCCGUCGAUCCAUCGAUGUCUUUCAGACUAUUGAUCCAGCCAAUGCAAACUGGGACUUCGUCCGUCAGAUGGAAGGAGAGAUACCAACUCUCUUUGGGAACGACGCAGAAGAGAUCCUUGGCGCCAGACAACUUUUUUCAACUCUGGAAUUGCUUGACUUGAAGUGGGCCAUUGUUACGUCGGGGACGCGACCACUGGUGGAGGGCUGGCUGAAAGUGCUGAAGCUCCUGGAACCAGAGUACAUGAUCACUGCCGAGGAUGAGACCAACGGCAAGCCAGAUCCGGAACCAUAUUAA